GAUUGUGGCCGAGUGAAUCCAGUGAAUCCAGUCUACAGUGGGAUUGCGGCCGAGUGAAUCCCGUGAAUCCAGUCUACAGUGGGAUUGCGGCCGAGUGAAUCCAGUGAAUCCAGUAUACAGUGGGGUUGCAGCCGAGUGAAUCCAGUGAAUCCAGAUCAUAGUGGGAUUGUGGCCGAGUGAAUCCAGUGAAUCCAGAUCAUAGUGGGAUUGUGGCCGAGUGAAUCCAGCAAAUCCAGUCUACAUUGGGAUUGCAGCCGAGUGAAUUCAUUCACAGUGGGAUUGCAGCGGAGUGGAGCCACUUCACAGUGGGGUGUAGCGAGUGGGUUCACUCACAGUGAGAUGAUCAAAUUUCGAGUGGAAAACCGUGUGUCUGUGUGUUGGCCUUUCAUAUUACACUUGUCCAAAUUUUUCCAUACCUGGUAUCCUAUAUUCGUUAUACUCCAUUUCAAGUGUUGCAAUGGAAACAAAACACAAAUGCGGGACAUGCGAAACAUGCUUUGCGAGUAACGGUUCUUUGCAAAACCAUAAGCUUGUUCACGUGGAGGUAGCUUUACUUGGGAUUGCCGAACAAACCAUCACGAAAACAGAAAGUGGAUUCACGUGCUAUGUUUGCUCCACAGUUCUCAGAGCUUUAGAUCGUUACAAAAACAUGCAGCUUCACAGCAUGAUCUUCCCUGUAGGUCCGUAAUGCUAGAAGCAGCGCCUAACAAAGAGAACGAAGCAUCAAGC